CGUGGCGAGGACUGAACGUCGAAUGCGCUGCCAAAGUCGUAAACUCGCGCAAACUUUUUGAUAAUACAAUGAAGCAAAACAUCACAAAAAAGUGUUCGUAACUUUGUCACUAGUUACUAGUACGGUGUGCCGGCGAAUAAACUUAGACGUGAGCGAGUUGCGUGACUAACUUAGUUGUAAGUGAAGUGUGUGACCGUUAAGUUGAAGUUGUUGCCGCAACAAGAUGGGUGCCUAGGAUUUGUUGGAUUAUUACUUGAUACUGUUUAGAAAGUGUACAAAAACGAGAUGGCAGUCAAUCGGUUGCUUUCACCGGUAACUUUGGUGCUGAUUUGUUCAGUGCUCGGUGUUCGACCUGAUGAUGAGCAGCACGACGCUCGGGAGGGCGAUGACGUCACGAUGCAGUGCCGGUUCGCGUUGGAGGCCAACGCGGGGGAGUCCCCCACCUACUACUGGGUGAGGAGCACCACCAGCGGACAUGACAACGUCGCCAUCGGGAACAUACCGCUCGAGACCAACUACCAGACACUUUACGCACCAUCGGAAGGCAGAUAUGACUUGAUGGUAUCUAAUGUGAGCUACGAACGGGACAAUGGCAGGUUCGAGUGCCGGAUCAAAGCGGGAGGCUCGGGAAGGACGCUGCACUCCCAGGGUCACAACCUGGUGGUCCUCACACAGCCCCAGCCGCCACUGUUGAGCCCUGGAACCAAGGCGCAAGCUCAGGAAGGAAGGGAGCUCAACUUGACGUGUUCUUCUGUUGGUGGCUCACCUAGUCCAGAUAUAAAAUGGUACCGUGACACAUCGACAUAUCCACUGGAAGCGACCGUGGUCCAGGGUAGGACGCGGCAGGAGCCGACCGUGGCCAUCCUAACACUGGCUCCAAGUCGGGAAGAUGAUGGGGCUACGUUCCGCUGUAUGGUGUGGAACCGGGCCAUGCCUGACGGACAAAGAAUGGAUGCAACCGUCGAACUCAAUGUUAAUUACUUUCCGAGAAUCGAGAUCGGCCCAGAAAAUCCUCUUCACGUUGAAAUUGACGGCACAGCGACUAUGGAAUGUAAAGUCGACGCUAAGCCCAAAGUUAACAGCGUGCGCUGGACGAGAAAUGGAAAAUAUAUUUCGAAUUCUUUCAUCCACACGAUCCAAGGAGUGACGACACAGGACGCAGGCAAAUACACUUGCAGCGCAGACAAUGGCCUCGACCAUCCCGGAGAAAAGGAUAUAUAUCUUGACGUUCUCUUUCCACCCAGCGUGACAGUCGAUUCUAAAACAUACGAGGCAGAAGAGGGAGGCACGGUCGAAAUUCGCUGCGAAGUUUCCGCAAACCCCGAGCCAAUUUCUAUCGAAUGGACAAAGGAAGGGCGAAACGAUUUCCGACAGAAAGGCAAUACGUUAGUCUUAACUCGAGUCGACGCAGAUAUGGCGGGUACUUACGUGUGCAAAGCAGUCAACGUUAUUACUUCCACGACUGGAAAUAAGAUGGAGCGAGCGAACAGUGCUUCGGUGGCUGUUCUAGUGAGGCAUAAGCCAGGGCGUGCUUUUAUCAGCCCUGACAGGCCAGUGGCUAACGAGGGAGCUGGUGUUACUCUAACAUGUAGUGCCAAGCCACCUGGCUGGCCCGCGCCCCAAUACAGAUGGUUCAGAGAUAUUGAUGUAGGAGACGCCAAGCCGAACGCAUUAGCCACAGGAAAUAAGUACACCAUACCAAGCGCACAUCUCGGUAGCGAGGGCGUUUAUCACUGUCAGGCCACAAAUGAACUCGGACAUGGCGAGAUUGCUUCCGUAAAUCUCGAAGUGUAUCAACCGCCGCGAUUCCAAUCUAAAUUGCAGCCGCAUAUGAUUAAGAACGCCGGUGAGAGGAACUUCUCUCUAACUUGCAUUGCGUUGGGGAAACCACUUCCCCAUGUAAAGUGGUACAAGGAUAACUCUGAGAUAAAGGCCGAAGCUAAUUUGUACGAAGUUAAAACAGAGAUGAACGAGAGUAGAAACGCCGCGUACAACAUUCAGAGCAUGCUGAGGUUCCGUGGGAGAGCGAGGCCGAAUGGUGACGAUCUGCUGCCUGAAGACAGAGGCGUCUACUCUUGCUCCUUUGAAAAUGAGGUCAAGAAAGUGGAGUCAACUAUGCAGUUACGAAUUGAACACGAACCCAUAUCAAUCCGACAGCAGAGCAAAGUGGCAUUUGAUUUAAUGGAGAACGCCGAAAUAUCAUGCCGAGUGCAAGCGUAUCCGAAACCAGAGUUUCAGUGGUUCUACGGAACGAACAGCGCGCCAUUGCAAAUGUCAUCUGACGGACAUUACGAGAUUACAACGACCACAGACAAUAAUGACUCAUACUUAAGCAUACUGCUCAUACGCAACAUAAAGUCCCAGGAUUACGGCGAGUACUAUUGUAAAGUUAAAAACUCGCUUGGUAGUAUUCGGCCACAGAUAAUGCUACAGCCAAAAGGUGCUCCCGAAUCCCCGCGUGGUCUGUCAAGUCAGAAAGUAGGUCCCACGUAUGUGACGUUGAAAUGGGAAGCAGGUUUUGAUGGAGGUCUAUCAAGUACUAAGUACUUUGUGCUGUACCGCCGACUCAAGAGUCCCCUGGGGGGCGAGCAUUGUGUUUCCGAGAGGAGCGACGAGUUUGAUUGGAAGGAGUACGACUGCCGCAGAUCCAAUCCUUGCAACCUGACACGUUUGGAUCAACACAAUACUUAUAAUUUCAAGGUUAAAGCCGUGAACACAAAAGGACAGAGUAACUACUCCAACGAGAUUGGCGUGACCACCAAAGUGGACAAGAUUGCACCUCCGGAGCAAGUGACGUUUGACCCCAGUACCAAGACUGUGGGCUUCAGUGUGGGGCCUACUUGCCUGCCCCUGGUGGGCGUUGCUGAAGGGUUAGCUGCUGUUGGUGGAUGGCAGGUUGUGGACACAAUAACCCUGCAACUGUCAGGAGUCAGUACAACGGUGCAGGAGACGACUCUAGACCCCCCCACAUCCCGCGGCAGGGGUUCUACACCUCCACUAGAUCAAUUAAACCCAAGGCUUCGCUUGAAGCUUUGUUUACAAGACAAUCAAGAUAUAUGCAGCGAGAACGUGGAGGCUGACAUUGGUCCAUCGUACACAAAAGAAGCAGCUGCUCUUACAACAGCCACCGUCAUCGCAAUUAUCGUUUCUUCUCUCGUCUUCAUUAUAUUCCUUAGUCUUCUCUUCAUUUUCUGCCGAUGCAAACGCAACGAAAAUAAAAAAGAAACUUCAAAAGACUACGAGAUGGACGCGAUGAGACCCCCCAUGGUCUCGCCGCCGAACCAAGCUCCGCCACCAUACUAUCCAAGCUCAGGAAUGGAGAACAAGGCUCUAGAACAUUCCAUGGAGCUUCAGAUGGCAAUGGAUGAGUCCAAAAACGCCGUGUAUGCGACCCAGGGUGGUUAUGGAUACCACAUCGCGCCGCACGCCCAAGGACAUCCCGGACAAAACAUGUCAAAUACGGACUGGGUGAAUAUGGGAUACAUUGAGAACAGCUACGCGAAUAGCAACAACGGAGGCAGCGUCAACUCUCAAGACUCUCUCUGGCAGAUGAAGAUGGCCGCCGCAAACGCCGCGCCUGGUAUACCCUCGCAUCAGAUGAUGGAUCGCCAGAGCAACUAUGGUUACGACCCGAUAGCGCACGGCGGCUACGGCACCAUUGAUGACUACGCCCCGUACCCUCCUCUGCAGCAUGGCACACAUCCGCAUACGCCCGCCCCCGACUACGCCCUACGCUCUUCACAGACUCCCUCGCGGCAGGACUACUGCUCAGAUCCCUACGCCUCCGUCCACAAGCCCAAGAAACGAAUGGAGCAACAUAUCGAAUCACCGUAUCAUGAGGUGAGUGGACUACCAGAGACAUACGGAGCCAACGAGGGCGCGGGCUCCGCAGGAAACGAGGACAAACCUCCACAUCUGUCGCUCAGCUAUGACGAGUCGCUGGAGUCCGGAUAUUCCACGCCCAACUCUCGCGCCCGUCGUGUCAUACGGGAGAUUAUUGUCUAAACAUGACACGCUGUAUGUAUGCUAUUAGCAGAGGAUUAUACUAAUAUAAUCAUGCUAUUAUGUGCUGUAUUGUAUAGCUUUUAUGCUAUUUACUCCAAUUAUUGUUAAAUUUACCGUUCAUUGAUAGAUAUGCGAUAUAGAUGCGAAUUAUGUAUCGUGGAAUGUACCAGGUAUCGCAAAUUGCGCCACUGUUUUAUCAUAUAUAUAUCAUAUUUAAAUAUCUUGCACAGAAGUAUUGCUCAUUGAUAAUUCAAAAGAUAUAUAACUGUUACAUUAAAUUUCAGCAAAUGCCAUCUUUUUUAGAGUAAUUGUGUAGCUAUACUUCUGGCAAAGAGACUUAAGACUUGGAUAUCUGAUCCUCAGCCUAAUGGCUCCCGAUUACUGUCGGAGCAAUUACUGUCAGAUAGUGGCUUAGACAUUUCUGGUCUGAAUACGUGAAUUUUCGUAAGUUUUUCUUAAGAAAAACACAAUUUAACUUGAACUGUUUUAUUGUUACUUUCAAAAUAACUACAAUAGUAUAUUAAUGAUCAGAAUUGUCCGAUGCUAUGUAUAUAUAGAAUCACUCAUACAAUAGUAUUUAUAUCCUUUCAGAGAGAAGUAAUGUGACAAGCAAGUGAAGUAUAUUUAUACUUGGUGUGAAAGUUUUAUUAGUUAUGACUUUAAACUAUAAACUUGAGAUAUAAACUCAAUAGAUUUGAAUAUAUCUAGAACUGAAAUGAAAAAAUAUUAGUCAA